UCCCUUUGUGGAACGAUGCCGUUGGGGAAGCAGAGCUCAAAGUCAUAAAAUUGGAAGACACUAGGAGGAGGAUGUAAUGAUGGUGAUGCAGAAGCUAACGAGAAAAUGGAGAAAUUCUCGACGAGAAUCUCAUUACGACGAGGACGAUAAAUUUUCAUUGCCUACUCGCGACGAUGGUCGUCCCAUUGAUACCCAAGAACAAGAGGAGUUAAUUCGAUCUCUCGAGAAAGUUCAAACUCAGCAAUCUCUUCUCUGGAGGGGUGUGUUCUCGGGGCUACUUUUUUGUUAUGUGGCUUUUCUAAUAUACUCAAUCUAUCAACAGACAUAUUAUCCCUGGGAAUUGCGAUAUCAUGCUUAUUUCAUGUAUGAAGUUGACUCAUGGACCAUCAUUGCUGCAGAUUGGGCAGCUAUUUUGACGUGCUUAAUGACCAUAAAGGGCUUACUGCAUGAAUCAAAAUAUCAUAGGAGGUGGCUAUGGUCUUCGUGCUGCAUUGGCAUGAUUGUAGCAGUGUUUUGGUUGCAUCACAUGCUAAGGUUGGCAAAAUUUAGAUGGGAUAUUUUAUGGCUACCAGCAGGGCCCCUUAGUGGAGCUGGAAUCUGCAUUUACGUAGACCAUUUACUAAAUGUGUCAUCUGAAGAAGUACGGAAACUUAGAGGAUAUAUGUAUGCAUAUAAAGCCAGGUAAGAGUUUAGAGGAUGUAUUAAUGUGCCCUUAAAGCCAGUUAAGAGUGUCGCCCUAAUCGAUUUUUAGCACUCAACUAGUUCCAUUAUAGAUUUUCCCUCUUCUUUUUGUCUGGUGUACGAUGACUAUGAGAUGUACUGUAAAGUUUUGGAGAGUUUGUCUGAUAGGAAAGGGCAGAAAUUAAUGGCAGAAGCUCUUUUAUUCCAUCAUUCCAUUACCCUCAAUGGGAAUCCUCUGUUCUUGAUAUAUGGCACUGUAAAUACUUUGUUCCCCCUGCGAAUUGUGGCUGUUUGAAUAUGCUUAUGAAUUCGUGUAAAUGUUUGAUUUGCUUA